GCAAGUUCACGAUGGAUGGGGUCUAUCGAAAGUUAAAUUCGGAAGUCGAAAAAGUGCAGGGAAUCCAGAAAGAAAUACAGCGUUGUUUACAGGCUCAUCGUCAGUUAAAUGCUCAGCUCUCUGAAAACGAAAAUGUCAAUGAAGAUUUGAGUCAUCUCAGUGAAUCCAACAGUAUUUACCGAUUGAUCGGCCCCUGUCUUAUCAAGCAAAACUUACAAGAUGCAACGGAAACUAUCAAGAAACGGAUCGAAUUCAUUUCUUCCGAAAUCAAACGUCAGGAUUCACGAAUAUCCGAUUUGGAGAAACAGCAAGAUUGUGCACGAGAACAAAUUUUGAAGCUACAACAACGAAUUCAGCAGGAACAUACUAAAGCGGCUCUUAAGGCCUGAUUGGUGACAUCAUUGUGAUUGUAACCGUGCGCCGACUCGACCAGGACGUUGCUAUCUCCGUAUGGGGUAGUUUGAGUUUAGAUCUGUUUCUCCCUUUGAUUACUUAAUAAAUGGAGAAGUGUGUUACAGUUGUUGUUCUGUUGCGUAUUUUUCAUUUGCGCUUAUCGGAUAAUUUCGG